AUGAAUAUUCUUGUUUUAGCACUUACACCUAAAGAAUAUUUAGGAAAAUAUUGUCGAGUAAAUUCUCGUCGAUAUACACUUUAUAAACGUAUUUUUGAUAAAUAUAAAGAUAUUGAAGCAGAAUUAAACAUGGAGGUCCUUGCUGAUGCGUUAUCUGAUGCAUAUUUGGGUACUAUUGAUAAUCGACUUAUAAGACAAGUGAUUGUUUUACUUGAUUUAUCAUCAAAUGAAAAAGUAACAUUUACUCAAUUUAGUGGUAUUGCAGCAUUUUCUGAAAGAUAUUUUUUUAAUAUUUUCAGACGAUAUGAUGAUAUAGAUUCACAAUUACAAAAAGAUAUUUUAGAAAUACUUGAUUUUUCUUCAUUAAAAUGGAAAUUACUUGGUGUUAAUAUUUCGCCAUCACUUCGACAAAUUCUUACAUUGAUAUAA